AUGCCGAAUGUUGUAGAGGUCCAGGCUGAGCCAAUUGGCGGUGCCAUUGAUGCUCAUGACGAAAAGCACCCAGAAACAUUCUCCGUCAACUCAUCGAACAAAGAUAGAUUGGAUGAAAAGGACCCCAACCUGGUCAAGGCCGAGGAGGACACCGACUACGAUGAAGGUACCAUUGCCGACCCCUUCGCACCCUACGAUGACCUGCCUGAUGAGCGACACUGGGUUGUCACUUUCCGUGCCAUGCUUGUCGGAUGUAUCUGUGGUGCUCUCGUCAACGCAUCCAACAUCUACCUCGGUUUGAAGACUGGUUGGACUUUCGGUGCAUCACUCUUCGGUGCCAUUAUCGGUUUUGCUGUUCUUAAGCCUCUGGCCAAGGCUCUCCCAGAGAACUUCCCUCUUCUUGGUGGAUCAUUCGGCCCUCGUGAGAACAACAUCGUUCAGACUGCUGCCACUGCCGCUGGUGGUCUCGGCUCCGUCAUGGUGUCCGGUAUUCCUGCACUCUACCAAUUGAAACUGCUCAGCACUCCUAAGGAGGACUUCGGCAGACUCAUCUCAUUGACUAUUGUCGGUGCUUACUUUGGAUUCGCUUUCGCUACCCCACUCCGAAAGUUCUUCAUCAUCUACGUUGCCAGGGAGCUCAACUUGAUCUUCCCUACUCCUUCCGCUUGUGCCUUGACUAUUCGCAGCAUGCACGCAGCCGCGACUGGUGAAGCCAUUGCCAAGCUGAAGAUGAAGGCUUUGAGUUACUCAUUCAUUGGUGCUCUCCUUCUCCGUGUACUCUCUCAGUACGCCAUUGGUAUUCUCUGGGACUGGCACAUCUUCACUUGGUUCUUCAUCUGGGGCAAGUACAACAACUCUGCCAUCGCUGUCGAGAACUGGGGCUGGUUCAUCGAGUUCACUCCUGCUUUCAUCGGCUCUGGUAUGCUUGUUGGUCUUAACGUUGCUCUGUCCUUCUUCGGUGGCAGUGUUCUCGCUUGGGGUAUCAUCGGUCCUGCCCUCGUUCACAACGGCAUCGCUUUUGGUGUCCAGCCUUACCCUGAGUCUGAGAAAUGGCACAAGGUUACAUCUUUCUACUCUCUCAGCCCCAAGUGGGCCAACAAGGAUACUCCUAGCCCUCGUUACUGGCUUCUCUGGCCUGGCGUCUUGGCUAUGAUUGUCAUCUCCUUCACCGAGCUCUUCCUCCAAUGGAAGGUCUUCUUUAUUAUGUUCAAGGCCAUGGGUCGUGGUGCUGCAAAGGGCUUCAACGCCAUGACCAACAAGGCUGGCAUCAGCGGCGCCACCAUCAACGUCAAGGACCAGAAGGAGGAGGAUGUUAUCAAGGAUUCUGCCGCAGACCACGAGCUUGUCAAGAUCUGGAUGUGGGGACCUAUCCUCAUCCUCAGUAUCAUCGCUUGCUGCAUUGUUCUUGGUGUUCAAUACGAUAUGCCCGUUGGCAUGUCCCUGCUCUCCGUCUUCUUGGCCUUCUUCUUCGCCAUCCUUGCUGUUCAGUGCGCUGGUGUCACCGAUGUCACUCCUCUGACUGCUGCAUCCAAGGCUUCUCAGCUUGUCCUGGGUGGUGCCACAAAGGGUGAGCACUGGAUGACCGAGCAUGCUCAGCGUCUCAACUUGAUCGGCGGUUCUCUUGCUUCCAUUGGUGCUGGCCAGGCAUCUGAUCUGGUUGGUGACUUCCGUGUUGGUUACCUCCUCCGCACAUCUCCUUUCCAGCAGUGGGUCGCCCAGGGUCUCGGCACGAUUGUUGCCUGUGUCCUCGCUCCUGCCAUGUUCAUGCUUUUCAGCAAGGCGUAUCCUUGCAUCAUUGACAUUGAGGCCGAGACUUGCCCCUUCUCUGCCNNCCCCAGUGUUGGUGCUUGGCGUGCCGUUGCUGUCGCCGUCACCGACCCUACUUUCCCUGUCCCCAAGACCUCGGGCUACUUCGCCAUCGCCUUCGCCAUCUUCGGUGGUGUCAUGGUUGUCAUCCGUCACUACGCCUACACCGGCUCCUGGGAGAAGUACAAGGCCUACCACCCCAACGUCAUGUGUAUUGCCCUUGCCUUCGUUCUCAAUGCCACAGUUUAUGGUACCGCUAUGGUGAUCGGAGCCAUCCCUGCCUACUUCUGGGCCAAGCGCAACCCUCAAAAUUUCGAAAUCUACGGUUUCGCCAUUGCUGGUGGACUUAUUGCUGGAGAAGGUAUCGGUGGUGUCAUCAACGCCAUCUUCCAGAUUGCAGGCAUUGCUGGACCUGAUCCUUAUGGCACCAACAUUGCCUGCCCUGGUGACUCUUGCUAG